CGAAAAUAGCAGAACUAAAAGGCCAUGAGUAUGAUGAGGAAUUCAGCGAAGAAUCCGAAGUUGUGGAGGAGAUCUCGGAAGCAAUAUUUGAGAUACUUAACCCUACGGAAGAGAUUGGGAUCCACAGCCGGCAAUUGGAUAUAGAAAACUUGCUAUGCAAGCAACCAUGGGGCCUUCGCACUAUAGGCAUUUUCGGCAAGCCUGGCAUUGGCAAGACUAUACUGGCUAGAGCAGUCUUUCGACGAAUGGGUGGAGGGUAUGAUGCUACUUACUUCGUCAAAGAUUUCCACACAAAACAUAGUGAGAAAAGACUUGAACCUUUGCCCAGUGAUUUCUUUUGUCUGACUCCAAUGGAAGAGUUUGACCUUAACAACUCUGGUUCCGAGCCAUGCCAUCGCCGAAAAAGGGUUCUUGUUGUUCUAGAUGAUGUACGAAAUGCUCAAGACGCUAUGUCUUUUCUUGGAGCGGUUGAUCAGUUUGCACCAGGGAGCUUGAUCAUCAUAACCUCAAGAGAUAAAUCAGUUCUUGAGCAGUGCCAGAUGAAUGAGAUUUAUGAGCUUAAAGGUCUAAGUGAUGAAGAUGCUCUGAAGCUAUUGACAAGAUGUGCCUUUGGGAAUGGAGUGAUAGAGCAGAAUCUUCUAGAUCUUUCAAUGAGAGUGAUUGAAAGUUCUGAUGGCAACCCGUCUACUCUCAUCUCAUAUGCCGAGGAGCUCAAGGGCAAGAACAUGACUGAAAUGGAGUCGGCUUUGCUCAAGAUCUGCCAUGAUGCCCAGGACCGUCAAACACGAUUUGAAGGCCCAAUGCACAUUAUCGAUGUUUGUAUUAAUACUUCGAAGAACACAACUUUUUGUUUGAUCUCCUGUGGAAAUGACUAUGAACAUCCCGUUUUCGACAAAAGAGAUACCAAUCAGAAGGAGUCUAUCAUGCGUGCAUCUCACAUAUACCUAUCUGAUGCUCAGAACCUCCCGGAAUUCGACCAUAAGAGUUGCGUCCAUGAGUCUGUACCUAGUGAUCUAAGGGAUUCCUGUAUGGAUCAUGACCAUGCAGUGCAAUCCUUGCCCCAACACUUUCAUAGAAAGCCGCCGGUUAUAUACCAAGGAUUUGCUUGUCAAUUUCACAAACUUAAACUUUGGGGAUUUGGAGGAUAUUAUAAGAGUUUCUCGAUGUUAAAGAGAAUCAAGCUUGGGCAUUUAGUGACACUAGUUGAAGUUGAAGAAAUUUCGGAAGCAUGUCACCUUGAGAAAAUCGAUCUUCAAGAUUGCACAAGCUUGGAGAGCAUACCAAGUACUGAUAAGCUAGAACGUCUCCAAGUUCUUAAUCUUUCUGGUUGCAAUGGGAUCAAACGUUUCCCAGAUGUUGUACGGACCAUAAGAGAAUUGAAUCUUGAAGGCACUGGUAUAAGAGAAAUAAGAUCUGAAACAACACAGUACUCUAAAUUGGUAAAACAACAAAGUACCACCACAACUUUGGAAUUAACACAGAGCUUCUGAAUUUCCAAGAGCAUGUGUACUAAACUUGAUUAAAACAAGUUUAGUUCGUGUUUUUUUUUCUUUCAGUCCACAAAUCCUUUAGUGGAUCAAAAUCAAAAUCAAAAUACAAAAUGAAAUUUGAUUUCUAGAACCCUAUUUUUUAAGAGUUUCUAGACAACAAUGUGUGGAAAAAAAAAAACCCAAAAAAUAGAAGUUUAAGAACAUGGAGAUGUGAAUGUGAUAUUGUAACUCAAUGUUUAUAUGUAUAAUAAUUACCUAUUUUGAUU